AUGACCUCCAAGCUUCAAGUUGCAGUUGCCGGCGUAGGGCGCAUGGGCAUGCGCCAUGCCCGGCACUUCGCAACACUGACUCCGCGCGCGGAGCUGAUCGCCGUGUGCUCGCCCGUACAGGCGGAGCUGGAUGCUGCGGUGAAGGAAUUCGGCUGUCGCACGUACAAGGACUACGAGACCAUGUUGCAACAAGAGAAGAACCUGCAAGCGGUGGUUGUGGCGAGCGCUACGACCGUGCAUGCAGAGCAAGCCAUCAAAGCCAUCGAGCGCGGUCUGCACGUCCUGUGCGAGAAACCCAUCAGCACUAGCCCCGAAAUUUCUCAAUCCGUCGUCGACGCCUACAGAGCCUCUAUCCGGAAGUAUCCAAACCAGAAGGUGAUCUGCGGCUUUAGCCGGCGCUUCGAUGCUUCAUACCGUGAUGCGCACCGGCGCAUGGCAAGCGGUGACAUCGGCACACCGUCCGUGUUCCGUUCGCAGACGUGCGACAAGCUUGAUCCGAGCGGGUUCUUUGUCGCAUACGCGGAGUUCUCGGGCGGAAUCUUCGUGGACUGCUCGAUCCAUGACAUUGACCUGGCGCUGUGGUUCUUCGGCGAGGAGACGAAGGUCAAGAGCGUGACGGCAAUUGGCAUCACGGCUGUGCAGCCAGACCUACGCAAGCACAACGACCGGGACAACGCGCUGGGCAUCAUUGAGUUCUAUGGCGGCAAGAUCGCGCAGCUCUACUGCUCGCGAAUGAUGGCCGCAGGCCAGGAAGACUGCACGGAAAUCUUUGGUACCAGCGGCAAGAUAGCGGUCAAUACGCAGCCGCAGCUGAACCUGGUGAACCUGUAUGAGUCGAGUGGCAUCCGGCGUGAGAUCCCGGCGGACUACUACGGCCGGUUCCGAGAGGCAUUUAUCACGGAGGCGAACGAAUUCACGGCAUCGUGUCUGGAUAACACGCCGGCGCCACUGCCGCUAGACUCUGCGGUCAAAGCGGUGACGAUCGGAUGUGCGUUGCAGGAGUCGCUGAUUACGGGAAAGAAGAUUGAGUUUGAUGAGAGUGGCAAGCGUGUGGAGGCUGCACGGUUGUAG